AUGGCUCAACAAAACUUGGUUUCCCUCUUCCUCAUAGCCGCUAUAUUAUUGUGUUGCCAAGCUCAUGCAUCUGACGUCUGCGACAAAGCAGAGUAUGUGGACCUUUGCAAGUCCGUUGUGAAAGGCGCCACAGAUCCCAAAGCGGCGAUCAAGACAUCCCUUGAGUUUCUGUUGUCCGAAACACAACGCCUCAAAGCAUCGAGCGAGAAGUUCAAGAAUUCGCAGUUCAUUGAUGUGUGCACAGAAAACUAUGACUCUGCCAUUGAUGACCUCAACAAUAGCCUCAAGAAUUUGCAGAGCAACGACAUAGCCAGCCUUCAAAUCACCCUCUCCGGAUCCUUAUCCUUCUACGAAACCUGCAACGAUGCGGUGGCCGAAGGUGGCAAGGGUGUCGUGAAGGUGGCUUCAAAGCUUGUGAAAAAAGAUAAUAAGCUUAAACAUAUAGCUGCCAAUGCCUUGCACUUCGCUACUUUGUUGAAGUGA